GUCACCUGUGGGUUUGGCUCAGCUCUGGGGAAGGCACCAGCUCCUCCCUCUCUGGGAAUCUGCGCAUCCGUGGGGUGGGCUGGGGACAGCCGCACGUGCCCCCACCUUGGGUUCUGCUGGGAACCUGUUCCUGUAUACAUUGGGAGACUUGCAGGGUUUUUUGUCUGUUUCGGUUGGUUUGUUUUGGUUUGGUUUGUUUUGGUUCGGUUAUAGGACUUGCCGACUACCUCAGCAGCAGGGGGAAGGACCCAGUGGAGGUGAGCUGCUGUUGCCGGUGACCACUGAAAGCAGACACAGGACUGAGGAAAGAAAGCUCCUGCUCCCCACGGGCUGGCCAACACAGCCCUAAGGAAGACCUGCUCAAUCAAGACUCCGGUCUCUUUUCUCUGUAUUUGAAUUUGUCCGCCAUGAGGAGCGCUCUGCAGGCUGUGGCCCUCUGGGGAAGGAAAGCUCCCCCCCACAGCAUCACAGCCAUCAUGAUCACAGACGACCAGCAAACCAUAGUGACCGGAAGCCAGGAGGGUCAGCUUUGCCUAUGGAGUCUCUCCCCUGAACUGAAGAUUUCAGCUAAAGAACUUCUUUUUGGUCACUCGGCUUCGGUGACAUGUUUAGCAAGAGCAAGAGACUUCUCCAAACAGCCCUAUGUCGUGAGUGCUGCUGAGAAUGGGGAGAUGUGUGUGUGGAAUGUGAGCAGCGGGCAGUGUGUGGAGAAGGCCACACUUCCUUACAGGCACACUGAGAUCUGCUAUUACCACUGCUCCUUCCGGAUGAUUGGUGAGGGCUGGCUGCUGUGCUGUGGGGAAUAUCAAGACGUUCUCGUCCUGGAUGCCGGAACCCUGGCUGUGCUGCAUGCCUUUUCCUCUUUGCAGUCCCCGGACUGGAUGACAUGCAUGUGCAUUGUCCACUCUGUGAGAAUUCAAGAAGAUUCUCUCUUGGUUGUAUCUGUAACCGGUGAGCUCAAAGUAUGGGACCUCUCCUCGUCCAUCAACAGCAUUCAGGAAAAGCAAGAUGUCUAUGAGAAAGAAUCGAAGUUUCUUGAUUCUUUGAACUGCCAGACGAUACGAUUUUGUACAUACACAGAGAGACUCCUGUUGGUGGUAUUUUCUAAAUGUUGGAAGGUUUAUGACUAUUGUGACUUUUCCCUUCUGUGGACUGAAGUUAGUAGAGACGGGCAGUUCUUUGCUGGUGGAGAGGUGCUUGCUGCUCACAGGAUCCUUGUUUGGACAGAAGAUGGUCACAGUUUUAUCUAUCAGCUGCUGAACAGUGGGCUUUCCAAAUGCAUAUGCCCCCCCGAUGGAGGAGUCCUUAAGGAGACCAUCUACCCUCACUUACUAUGCUCCACUUCUGUGGAGGAAAAUAAGAGCCUGCAUUUCGUCAUGGGCUACAUGAAUGAACGGAAGGAGCCCUUUUACAAGGUACUUUUCUCUGGAGAAGUCUCAGGAAGAAUUACUUUGUGGCAUAUCCCAGAUGUCCCCAUAUCUAAGUUUGAUGGUUCCCCUAGAGAAAUACCUAUAACCACCACCUGGACUCUUCAGGAUAACUUCGAUAAGCAUCAAACGGUGUCACAGAGCAUCACAGACCAUUUCUCUGGGUCCAUGGAUGGGGUGGGAAUGGCGGCAACCAUCACCUCCUCCGAGUACAUUCCAAAUCUUGAUAAACUCAUCUGCGGCUGUGAGGACGGAACCAUUUUCAUCACCAAAGCUCUGAAUGCUGCCAAGGCAGGACUUCUAGAAGGGGGCUCUUUAUUGAAAGAUUCCCCCUGUCAUACCCUUCUCAGAGGUCAUCAGCAGAGCGUGACUUCAUUACUUUACCCUCACAGUCUUGCUUCAAAAUUGGACCAAAGUUGGAUGGUGUCUGGGGACCGAGGCUCCUGCGUGAUUCUGUGGGACAUUUUUACUGAAGAAAUUCUGCACACAUUCUUUUUGGAAGCUGGUCCAGUAACAAGACUUUUGAUGUCACCAGAGAACUUGAAACUAAGCAAUGGCCAGAUACUCUGCUGUGUGUGCGGGGACCACUCCGUGGCUCUCCUUCACCUGGAAGGGAGACGGUGCCUCCUGCGAGCCCGGAAGCACCUUUUCCCCGUGAGGACAAUCAGAUGGCACCCGGUUGAGAACUUCCUAAUUGUUGGGUGUGCAGAUGACUCUGCCUACAUCUGGGAAAUUGAAACAGGCACUUUGGAAAGGCACGAGACGGGAGAAAGGGCCAGGAUUAUUCUCAACGGUGGUGACGAUGUGCAGCUUGUCAGGUCUGAGCCGACACUGUCAGUGGCCUCAGAGACACACAAGCACAAAAGUGUAGAGCAGAGGUCAUCCAGCUCCCACCAGCCUGGGCUUGUGCCCUGCCCUGGUCUGCAGCUGGAGUCUUCCUGUAAGGUUGCUGAUGCCUCAUCAGUCCCAAGACCUUUUAAUGUUUUGCCUGUGAAAACAAAAUGGAGUCACAUUGGCUUCCAUGUUCUCCUGUUUGAUCUGGAAAAUCUUGUUGAACUACUGCUGCCCACUCCCCUAAGUGAUGUUAAUCCUUCCGGCUCAUUCUAUGGAAGUGACAUCUUGAGGAGAGCCAAGAGCACGGUAGAGAAGAAGACACUGACAUUAAGAAGAAACAAAGCAUCAUGUACUUCUCUCCAGGCAGAGGCACAAUCCAAGCCCAGUGGGGACAGCCUGGCCCCUGGGGACAGCAUCAGUAAAUUCCCAGAGGAGAGUGAUGGUAUUACAAGACAGAGGAAAAUGAAGAGCUCCAAAAAGACAUGCCCUAAGCUAUCCAGGAAGGUCGAUGCUAGCCUCACAAUAGACAUGGCGAAAUUAUUUCUGUCUUGCAUUUUGCCGUGGGGAGUGGAUAAAGAGUUAGACAGCCUCUGUACCAAGCAUCUCAGCAUCUUAAAGCUGCAGGGCCCUGUGUCUUUGGGACUUGCUUUAAACAAAGACCUCUUCUCCCUGAUGCUGCCUGGGUGGGAUGCUUGUAGUACUGAAAUGAAGGAGUACUCAGGAGUAAAUCUGUGUUCCAGGAAAGUUUUGGACUUGUCAAAUAAAUACACAGCCGCUCUUCCGCACCAGACGGGAAUUCCCAGAGGCCCGGAGAAUCACUGUGAUGCCUUGCAACAAUCAGAUACUAUAGUGUACUUACUGAGCAGGCUGUUUUUAGUUAAUAAGUUAGUUAACAUGCCUUUGGAUCUGGCCUGUGAAAUCGACAGACCCUUCAAAAUGGAGUCUGUGCACAACAAGGGAAAAUUCCCCGGAAGUGAUAUUUUGAAUGUAUCAAGCUUCUACGGUCACCUAAGAAAUGGUAGGAGUGAGUGUCACACACCUGAGGCUGACCUCUCGCUUUUGAAACUGAUCUCCUGCUGGAGAGAUCAAUCUGUACAGGUAACCGAAGCCAUACAAGCAGUCCUCUUGGCUGAAGUUCAACAGCACCUGAAGAGUUUGAGAAGCACACCUGUCAGUAGUCAACCGCCUCCAGUGGCAGAGCACAGCAUCUGGGAGAGGGAGCAGAGCGCGCCAGAGAGGGAGCGGAGCGCGCCAAAGACGGAGCGGGCUGACGAACUAGAGCUACAGUAUCUGGGGAAUGUCUCACCCCUGAAAACUUCAGUCAGUCCGGUCAAGCAUGGCAACGACUUGAACUCGGCAAACUUCCAAGAUACCGAGGACAUUCUUGACAGAUGUGUCUUGGAAGAGUCGGAGAGUGCAGGUCAGCCAAGGCAUCGUCCAUGGAUAGCGAAGGUGUGUUCCUGCAGGAUGUGCUAGAUGGAGCCUGGAAAAAAGCGACCAGUGUGAACUAACAGGGAAGCACAAACACACUCUUUUCCAUCAAAUCAAAGCAACAUUGCCAUUCGUCUGUAGUGGAUUCGCUAAUAUGUCAGCCAAAGUGUAUUAAGAAUGUUACCACUGGUGUAGGGUAUCCAAGCCCUGAUUCCAGGAGGUGAUUGUCUGAGCCUCCUUGCCCCUCCUUAUCUCCCGUCAAUAUUUGCAACAAUGCACGCCAGCCCACAGGUAUAGAUUCAACAAGACUUCAGGUGUUCUUCUUCUCAGCUCCUGAAUUUCAAAAGCCAGAAGGAAUGCGCACCACUCUCACUUCUCUGCGGCUUCAAGGUAUCUAAGCCAAAACAUUACCAACUUUGCCAUGUCGAGUUAGGACAUACUGUUCUAGUGGACGCUUCAGUGAAGGCCAACCAACCCUUGCCCAUCUCAUCCUUACACGUGAAAUGUCCUUUAGUCAAUCUGUGACAUGCAGCAUCUAGCCUUGUGGGGUCCAAUCAGCGUGGGGCUCUAAUGACACCGUGGUGAAUGUCUUUAAUUAAGUCUUAUUACAUCCUAGACCUGGACUGGGGGAGGGGAUUCUACAGCUCAUUCUUUGUCUGUGUAAACAUCCCCGGUUCUUUUCCCAGAAAGAAGCUGGGCUACCAGGAAUUCUAAAACUCAAAUAUGCAAAAAAUAUCAACAGAAAUGGAUGCAAAGUGCUCAUCUGUUAAAGCGAUCAGAAUUAUGUGCUGUGAUUUUUAUUGAAUGCUUACUUAAUUUAUAGAAAAUCACCAAAGGUUAUUAAAGCAUAGUAAAUGACUAGAAGUAUGGCCUAAAAAGGUGGAAAUAAAGAGAUAUGGUAUACACAUAUGUAUGUGUGUAUAUAUAUA